AUAUUCUUCAGCCAGAAUUAAGCGAAAUUGUCCCUGUACACCGCCCACGACCGACGGCCGUAGGCCGAGGGUAGCUUCCGGUGGAUUUCACCAAGCCGUCCGAAGCAGCAAUAACAUGGGAAGAAGGCAUGAGCAAAGCGGUGAUGCUGUGGUUGAGCCCGAAACAGGAACGACCGAAUUGCUGAAACUACCGACUUUCUCGCGGAUGAGCAAGCUGCAAUUGCUGAGGCACCCGCUGUUCGCUCCCCCGUCGCCGCCGUGGGACAUUCGGGCCUCCGUCCCCUUUCAUUGGGAGGAAGCACCCGGCAAGCCGAAGACCGCCCGGUCGCCCGAACCAUGUCCUUGUGCGUCCUCGAAGCUUCGGCCACCUCCGAGGUUGUUUGCUGGGAAUAUGGGCAAUGUCGGGUUCGUGCGCUCGCCCACAGCCGUCUGGCAUCGGACGUACACCGACCGUUCCUUCCCAUACUCGAGCUCCUUCAGCAGCGAGUGCCAAUGCAGCUGCGGCAGCAGCGAAGUGGUUGGGGCCGGAGACGAUGAUUUUAGCUCGCACGAGGGAAGCGGCGGCGAAGACAGUUCGGCGGAGCUAAGUGGAAAGGCGAGAAUCCCAAGGACUAGGAGGACAUGGAGAUUGUCCCACAUCUUACAGGGAAGAUCUCAUUCAUGGGGAAGCAUCGCUAGGGGCUUGAGGAAGGUGGCGUGGUGCUACCGAAGAGAACUCAGAGGUACAUGACUCUGCAGCCGCAUCGUUAAUUAAGUGUCCUUGAUUAAGAAUCAUGAAUUUGUUAUGUCGUUUAAGGCUUUAAGCUAUGUGGUUUGACUAAUGGAAUACUUUCAAGAACCGAUUUCUGAUC